AUGCAUCACUCCAGCGGCUCCACGUCCUCCGCCAAGAGCAUCCGCAGAGCCGCGUCCGAGCUCGAGAGGGCUGAUUCCGUCACGUCUCCAAAGUUUCUGAGGAGACGCCAGAGCUUGAUAGAUGACGCGCGGAAGGAGAGAGAAGCGGCGGCGGCAGCGGCUGCAGAGGCGGGGGCCACGGAGCAGAUCGUGUUCGAGGAGGACGACGGGAAAGCGCUUCUCAACAUCUUCUUUACGCUCGGCAGCUCCAAGACCCCCGCGCUGUCCCGUACCCUCAAAGUGUUCGAGACAUUUGAAGCAAAGAUCCACCACCUGGAAACCCGUCCGUCCAGGAAGCAGAAGGACAGCCUGGAGGGUCUGGAGUACUUCGUCCGCUGCGAGGUGCACCUUACGGACGUCAGCACUCUGAUAGGCUCGCUCAAGAGGAACGCUGAAGAUGUCAAAACCACCAAAGAAGUCAAAUUUCACUGGUUCCCAAAGAAAAUAGGAGACCUCGACAAAUGUCACCAUUUGGUCACCAAAUUUGAUCCAGAUUUAGACCAAGAUCAUCCUGGCUUCACAGACCCCGUGUACAGACAGAGGAGGAAGAUGAUUGGAGACAUCGCCUACAGUUACAGACACGGAGAGGUUAUUCCCAGAGUGGAGUACACAGCCGAGGAGAUCGGCACAUGGAGAGAAGUGUACUCCACCCUGAGAGACUUGUACGCCACUCACGCCUGCAGUGAGUAUCAGGAAGCCUUCCACCUGCUGGAGAGACACUGCGGCUACAGCCCGGACAACAUCCCCCAGCUCGAAGAUGUGUCCAACUUCAUUAAAGAGCGGACGGGCUUCAUCCUGCGGCCGGUGGCAGGUCUGCUCUCAGCGCGGGACUUUUUGGCCAGUUUAGCGUACAGAGUUUUCCAGUGCACCCAGUACAUCAGACACGCCUCCUCCCCCAUGCACUCGCCCGAACCUGAUUGUGUCCAUGAGCUUCUGGGUCACGUCCCCAUGUUGGCCGACCGCACUUUUGCGCAGUUCUCACAGAACCUGGGUCUUGCAUCAUUAGGAGCUUCUGAUGAGGACAUAGAGAAGCUGUCCACACUGUACUGGUUUACGGUGGAGUACGGCUUGUGUAAACAGAACGGGGAGCUGAGGGCGUAUGGAGCUGGCCUGCUGUCCUCAUAUGGAGAGCUCGUGCAUUCACUUUCGGAUGAGCCAGAGAGGAGGGAGUUUGAUCCAGAGGCAGCCGCUGUUCAACCUUAUCAAGACCAGACCUAUCAACCAGUUUACUUUGUCUCGGAGAGCUUUGCAGAUGCUAAGGAAAAGUUCAGGGCCUACGUAACGGGAAUCAAGCGCCCCUUUGCCGUGAGAUACGACCCGUUCACAAGCAGCGUGGAAGUCCUGGACAACGCCCACAAGAUCCAAAGAGGUCUGGACUGUGUGAAGGACGACCUGAAGACGCUCACAGAUGCCCUGAGUGUGCUGGCGUGA